CCGAGUUAGCCCAGUAUUUCCCAAUUUAGAGUGUUGUCGCCGAAGCUCCCUCGACCAAAGAUGUCGGCUCCUCUUGGGCCCCGGGGCGGCCCUGCUCCCCCUCCGCCGCCUGCGCCCGAGAUGCCCGACCUCAGCCACCUCACGGAGGAAGAGAGGAAGAUCAUCCAAGCCGUCAUGGACCGCCAGAAGAAGGAAGAAGAGAAGGAACAGUCCGUGCUGAAGAAACUACACCAACAGUUUGAAAUGUAUAAGGAACAGGUAAAAAAAAUGGGUGAAGAAUCGCAGCAGCAGCAACAGCAGCAGCAGCAGCAGCAGCAGCAGCAGCAGCAGCAGCAGCAGAAAGGUGAUGCUCCAACCUGUGGCAUCUGUCACAAAACAAAAUUUGCUGAUGGCUGUGGCCAUAACUGUUCAUAUUGCCAAACUAAAUUUUGUGCACGUUGUGGAGGACGAGUAUCUUUACGUUCAAACAAGGUUAUGUGGGUGUGUAAUUCAUGCCGAAAGCAACAAGAAAUCCUCACUAAAUCUGGAGCUUGGUUUUAUAAUGGUGGAACUAGCACCCCACAGAAGUCUGAUCAAGAGAUUUUUAGAGGACUGCAGAAUGAAAAAGCACCUCAGGACAAAAAAGCAAAACUGCAAGAACAGUCAACCUUGGAUCGGAGUAGAUCUCAAGGGCUUUCAAGGCAAGACUCCAUAAAUGGUUCAGGAGGAAAGGUGGUGGAUGGCACAGCAGACAGGUAA